AUGUCCUCAGUGUUUGGUGCACAAUUGACUGAAACAAGUUCAUCAUCAUCACCCUCUACAUGUCCACUCUAUUGGAGAUUGCAAAAUAUUGGAGAAGAACUCAGUGUGGUGGCUGGUUAUUAUUUUAAUUACACCAAUGAUAUGGUGCAGAAUUGGGAUUCGUAUAAUUGUGAUUCUCUGCCGAAUGCAUUAUUCCGAGAGAAUUUUGUUAUUAAUGGAGCCUCUUUGGUGGAUUAUCAGUAUAAUUUGGUAAUGUUGGAGUCUGAUAUUGCUCCUUACUGUGCUAGUUUGAAUUCGAAUGCUGUCAUGAGAAAUCAAACUUUAGAAUUAUUCGAAAUGUUCAACAAUAUCACUUUAAUGACUCAAUACUUCGUGCCGUAUCUGGAUAGUUUAUUAAUCGAGAAGAAUUUUACGAUUGAAAGAAUUUAUUUCAUUAAUGGUUUUGAUAUAGUUCUACAAAACGGAAAUACGAAAGCAAAUCUAUUCGAAUUGGUGAACGCCUUCAAUUAUUUCAUGUUUUGUAAAGAAAAUAAUCCAUAUUUCAAACAAUUUCAUACAGAAACUUUACCAGCUAUUGUCCAGCAGAGUGCUUACCCUAAAGUUCAAACAUUGGACGUAAUAUUUGGACGAAACAUGGAAGAAACUUGUGGAAUGUCAACAAUUCCCUUCUUCAACCGAACACUGCUAUGCCACUGCACAUCAACAAGCUCCAAUUCAAGUGAAAUCACCUUUGAAACAUUAUCCUUCUUUGAAUGUUCAAGUGUUUAUGUGAAAUUUUGGGUUCCACUGAGUUCGCAUCCUUCUCUGAAAAUAAUUGAAAUUCUAUUUCACACUUUACAAAUGAUUGUCAUUACAAUAAUUUGUUUCAUUCCAAUUCUGGUGAGGAAUGUGAAAAAGUGGAAGGAUCACAUGAUUGCCAGACAAAAUAUGACAGUGAUUGAGAAAUCUCAAAAGAAACUUCAAGUUUCUCCAAUGGUUUCGUCUACAGCAAAAAUAAUGCCAUUGAAGGAAAUUUGCUCACCAAGCCCAUCCAAUGCUAGUAUAGUACCAAUUCUUAAUGAAGAAACUACUUCAGAAAAUUGUUCAACUCCUAUUCAAGUUGUCAGUUCUCAAUCAGAUCAAGUUGUGAUUUCAUUUGAAGGAGUUUCUACUCCUGUAGCCGAAACGAAAGAAGAAUUACCAAACAAGGAUAAGAAUGCAGGAUCAGAACAAGUUAGAAAUUCAAUGAAGGAGCAUUUGCAACAUGAAUUAUUGAGAAUUUUAUGUGACAUGAAAUUGUUGACAGUUGUCAGUUUGCUGAUGGGUGUUUUUUGUUUAUUCAUGAAUGCAUUAUUGCAUGCUGCUUCUUACGGUAUUAAUGGAACAGCAGUUUAUCCUACUACUACCUUUCUAAUAGCUUCAUUAGCUUUCAUUUGUGUUUAUAAUAUUCCACUUGCUGGAUCAUUUGUGGAAGUUUUAUUGAAAUUGGACGGAAAAAACAAGAAAGUUUCCAUUCAUGGCUUAAUAAUCCUAUUCUGUGCUUCCAUUCUCCUCAUGAUUCUCAUUAUUGCCUGUAUCGUCACUGCCUUCACAGCAAAAAUCAUCUCUGGUUACAUUCGAGUCCUGUCAAUGCCAGUUGCCUUCAUUGCCUUAAUCAUUUCCUGGUCAAUUAUCUUUACCUAUUCUCUGAAAAUCUAUUUCAUGCUGAAAAAGAAGAGAAAGAUUUAUUUUCUCCAAUUCAAAUUUUCUCAAUAUUUGAUUCUUAUUUUACUUGCAUUGAUUUAUAUGAUUUAUGAGGUGGUGUCAGAGUUGGGAUUUAUUACGGAACAAUUUGUGGGAGAAACCUUGUGGACGAUCAUGUUUAAACAUCGAAUUGCGAGUUAUAUUAUGGGAGGAGUGUUUUGGGGAGGAGCUUAUGUGUUGUUUAGUUCAGAACAUUUAUACGAAACCUAUCGACCAAUGAUGAAAAAGUUGGGACUUGUAGAGGUGAAGAGGAAUUUAGUAGAUAAGAGCGCUCAAUUAUUCACUGCUUGUCAUACAAAUAAAUAA